AGAUCAAGUAUUUUUUUGUUUUAUGAAAAUCGAGAAACUAUCAAUUUUCACCGAUAACCAUUUAUAUUGGCGGAUGUGUCUUGUGCUUUAGUGUGGAUAACUCUGUACCAGGAAAAUGCCUGUAUGACAGUUUAUAACAAACUUUCUGCACAGCACUCCUUGUCAGGUCCAGGAAAGGAGCUCAAAGAAGGAAACACGAUAAGGCUAGUCCACCAGCACCGAACUGGAGGAUCAACUAGUCCGGGUAUUAGAAAAGAACACAGAACUGACUAUCCAAAACAAGGACCUUCAAAAGCAAGUGCAACGGCUUCAAAAUGUGAAGACUGGGGACAACCUCCGGCAAGGAGACAAGCUGGAGGGAAUUUUGAAGCAAAUGCGAGAAGCUUCUGACAAAAGAAAAGAGUUGGAACGUGAGCAUACUGAAGCCUUAACUCAGCUAAGGGAAAAACAAAAUGAAAUCCAACGUAAAUUUGGCAACACAAGUGACAAGACCAAGGCCUAUGAGAGUAUUGAGACCCUUCAGUCCAAGAUCCGAGAGUUGGAAAAGAAAGCGGAAUUGCAGAAUGUCCGUCAUGAGGAGCUCAUGCUGGAGAUGGCAGCCAUCAAAAGGUCCCAGAGCAAAGCAGAGAGAGCUACAACUGCCGCUGUGUGGAAGAAGAGUGGCCUCCAUCAGGAAGUGCAAACCUCACCCGACUCCGUUCCCUCCACCCCAGAGCUAAACUGUGUGGACCGAUCAAUGGCAAUGAGUUCGAGCGGCUUAGAUAAUUACCUUGAACAACAGCAGAUGCAACAACGAACUUCGGCCAUCAAACUGAGGAGUCAAGCUGCGGGAUUUCAACAGUUCGGGGGCAUCCCUUUUCCCUUCCCGACGGGGAAUGUUGUCUCUUUGGUAGAUACAUCCCUCCCCAUAGAUCCCCAGUACCUGGUACCCUGGAGGAUGUUGGUAGGCGAGGGUUGCGGAGGUGUUUCUGCGUCCCCAGUGGCUGUCUCCAGUAGCGGGGGGUCGUCCUCGGGUAGCGGAGGCGCAACUGUGGCGUAUCCCCCACCGCCGACUACUGACAUCGACAGAAUCAUGGCUAAAAUCGAUCAGGACAACCGAAUCCUCGCGGAGCUCGACAAAACACGAUCCACUAUAGGUCUUCCGAGCAGUGUCGUGCCUGAUACUCUAAACAGGCAUGCACUGCAAGGCACCUUGCCUACAGAACCCAGCAACUACGUGGUACCCACUAUGGGGUUACCCAUACUGCCUUCACUGCCUCCACAGCUUCCUCUAAUACCUCAAUCGAUGCAGCCUUUCCAAUUCCUAGCAUCAGGAUCCCAGCAGCUUCUGCCACACACACAGCAGGUUCUAGUGCCACACACAGGACGACUGAUGCCUCAGAUUCCUACCAUUGUCACCUCUCAGUAUGAGCUAGAGAGCAGAAACAACUUUUUAAAUGGUAACCUACCAUCAGGAGUGUUCAACACUUUAGCGGACCAACAGCAAUCACAGGAUAAAGUGGAUAUGCUGGAUAUACCAGGGAAGGGCCGGUGCUAUGUAUAUAUUGCUAGAUACUCUUACGACCCCUUCUCACAAUCGCCCAAUGAGUGCCCGGAAGCUGAGUUGGCAGUUAAUGCUGGAGACUACCUCCUAGUAUGGGGAAACAUGGAUGAGGAUGGAUUCUACGACGGAGAACUGCUGGAUGGUCGCCGUGGGCUUGUGCCUUCCAAUUUCAUACAAAAGCUGGUUGGAGAUGAUUUGCUAGAGUUCCACCAAUCAGUGAUUCAAGGCCUGAGAGAUUGUGACGACAGUGCCUCAACCAACAUUCCUCAAGAUCUGGACUAUCAUCAACUUAACACAGGGAGUGCCAAGAGGAAAAACAAGCGAAUACCUCCAGGCAAUCAAGAAUACAGCAAGAGAGUGGUUCCUGAUAUGGAUCUAGCUGAUGCUUUGGAUGAUGAAGAAGAAGACACUCAUUCAGGUGAAGGCCCAGACGUGUUCUUCUCGCUACUAGUACCCGCCCCGAAGCAACUGACGUUGGAGCGGCAACUCAACAAGAGCGUGUUGAUCGGAUGGAAUCCUCCAGACACUUCGACGUCACCCCCCAUCGACUGUUACCACGUCUACGUUGACGGAGUGCUCAAGGUCACAGUCAAAGCUACUGAGAGAACCAGAGCUCUGGUGGAGGGGGUCGACUCUAACAGACCCCAUAGGAUAAGUGUGAGGUCAGUGACGGCUAAUCGCAGGACGUCCAGAGAUGCUGCCUGUACCAUGGUGAUAGGCAAGGAUGUUCCCUUGGGCCCGUCACAAGUCAAGGCUAGUCGUGUGACUGCUACGUCAGCUGUCAUAUCAUGGCUACCGAGUAACAGUAACUACCAGCACACUGUCUGUGUUAACAACGUAGAGUUACGCACUGUUAAGCCAGGGGUCUACCGUCACACUAUCACAGGAUUGGCUCCCAACACGGUGUACAGAGUGACCGUCAGAGCCAAGAACAUUCGAGCGCCUCACUUUGACGAAAAAACAAACAUCUCCAUUGAAAGAUACUCCUGUCAUAUAGAUUUCCGCACACUUCCUAAAGGUUUGCCAGAGCCCCCAGUAGACAUCCAAGUAGAGCCUGGACCUCAAGAUGGCACUCUGUUGGUGACUUGGCAGCCGGCUACCCCCACCACCUCUGCCUGUAAUACUCUGGUCACAGGAUAUGCGGUGUACGCUGAUGGCAAGAAGGUCACCGAUGUGGACAGCCCCACAGGAGAUCAUGCCCUAAUUGAUAUCAACAAGUUAUUGAGUCUGAAUCCAAAACAAGUAACGGUUCGCACAAAGUCAAGAGAUAAUCAAUCAUCAGAUAGUCUGCCAACUCCGAUUCCUCCGAACAUGCUCAAGGGAAAGCAGCAUUCCAACAAGGUGGAGGAGCAAAUAGAGUUAUCAUUGGGGAAAAUUUCUUCUUGGUUUGCUGAUAACCCUUUAGUAUCGAAUGUGAAAAAGACAAACAUUAUGAAAUUUCAGCAGAGACCUCCUAAUAGCAAAGACAAUUUGACAGAGGAAGAGCGACGCAGAUAUGGAUCAUCGGUUCCACCCCACAUGCGUCAUCAUCAACAUCAUCGUGGAGGUCAAGUCAUCAUAGAGACGGAAGAAAACCUGAGUGACAAAGAAGUCUACCCAUCUAACCACAUGAGUAUUCCGGCCAUAGCAGAAAUCACCAAGGACACAGGAAGUGAGGGGAACUACAGCGAGGAGGACUAUAUGGACAGACGAGGUGGGGGUGCAGGUCGGCCCCAUCACCAACAGCAACACUAUGAUAGGGGACCUCGCGGGCAAUACGGGGCUCGUCAACAAGCUCCUACACACCCCCGCAACCCACAGCGACGAGAUGAUAGAGAUCCCUAUUACACAGACAGGAGACAUCAAGAGAGAGGAGGGUACAGGGGGACUGGUGGUGGAGGGUCUGGGGGGACCAGAGGGGGUCCAUCACAGCACACACAGCAGCCCCCCAGAGAUAAGAGGGUACGAUGGUUCAUGGCACUAUUUGAUUACGACCCAACGACCAUGUCACCAAACCCUGACGCAUGUGACGAAGAAUUACCCUUCUCCGAAGGAGACUCAAUAAAGGUUAUUGGAGAGAAGGAUGCAGACGGCUUCUACUGGGGCGAGUGUAAGGGGAGAAGAGGAUAUGUGCCCCACAAUAUGGUUGUUGAAGUCCAGCAAGGGUUUGAGGGUGGCAACGUGGCCAGAGAGGGGGGGAGCAGAUCCAGAGAUCGCUGGGGCGAUAUCUACGCCAACAUGCCAGUUAAGAAGAUGAUUGCCCUCUACGACUACGAUCCUCAGGAGCUCUCGCCCAAUGUGGAUGCCGAGGUGGAGUUGUCUUUCCAAACCGGGAACAUCAUCUACGUCUACGGGGAAAUGGAUGAUGAUGGUUUCUAUAUGGGAGAGUUGGACGGAGUGCGAGGGCUGGUCCCUUCUAACUUCCUGACAGAGGCGCCACCAGACUUUACCAAUGGAGCAGGGCCAGGCCGAGGUCCAGCCGGUGGCUCCAGAGGAGGGGGCAGCAGGCCUGCACCCUCCGACAGGGGUCACGGCCCUGGAGCUAGGGGCCCUCCACCUCCGCCAAGAGAAGGCUUACCUCCUAGAAUAGAUCCACGGGAUCGAAGGAAAGAUGCCUGCCCCGUACCCACACAAGUAGAAGGCCGGCAGGAUGGUAGAAUGCAGCAGCAACAACAACAACAGCAGCAGCAGCAGGAAACUACGAGAAUGGCCUCACAGUCCAAGUACAAGGCCCCACCUGCACCUACCUUACCCGCACCUGACAAGCCCCCACCUGUAGCACCUCCGCCCGCCCAGGAACCUCAGCCCGGGAUGCCUAACCUCAUGCAGAAGCUCACUGAGAUGACAGGAAAUGUCACGGGUGGUGAUAAUUCUGUUGACCACAUUCUCUCUAAAGGCAAGGAACUAAUUUUCAUGAAAUUCGGGUUGGGAAAAUGAAUUCUGUCGCUACAUCGUCUAAAUGCCUUUCUAUUUUUUAUCUAUGGCUUUCGGAUCUUCCAUAAAAUGCAUUUUUUGUGUGGCAAUAAUUUAUCUAAACCUCUUUCCUGAUACAAAGUGGAUUAAUUAGACCAACUUAGUAUUUAUACAUGUAAGAGUGUAGCUUUGUGGGUGUAUAAUGAGGCGAAUGCUACUCUAUUAUGUUACAACGCUACUGCUACCAACUUCAACUCUUUGCUGUUGUUACGAUACAAUGUGCUUUGAUCUUUAUAUUUUAGCAAAACUGUUAAAGUUUAUCGCUAUGAAACAAUCCAUCACAUAACAUUACUUUCCGAGGCUGGUUACCUCCAUUCUAGCUUUAAAUAGUUAAUCAAUAGUCAGUUUUUACUAUUGGUUUCAAUUUAAUUUUGCCAUGUUCAAGCUUUAGUAAAAGAUAAUUUUCUGUCAAUCUCCCAAUUAAAAUUGUCUAAUAUUCGAGGUGUAAGUUGUUGUUAUUGAAUAGCAUUAAUUUGUCAACGCUUAUGGUUGUUUUGGGAUUGCUUACCAACAUGCAGAGUAGCUAUGCUUUACUGUUGAAAUUUGACCCUAGUAUACCAAACACAUAUUGCAGUAUAAUAACAACCUUUCUCUGUUAUAAACCAAAUAUGUCUCGUAUAUUGUUAUACGAUGGCGGUUUUUUAAGUAAGAACCGGUUUCGCAUAUGAAUCCGUACUUCAGUUAUACACCGCAACGAGGCUUCACCAUUUGAUGGCAUCAUUUGUGAAUAAAAUGAUACAAAUUUCAGCUCUGUAGCUGUCAUGUACGCUUUGCUGUGUGUUUUUUAAAGUUUCUUAGCAAUCUAAUCUCCCUCCGCGUCUGAAGUAAGAUCAGUUAUACACUUUUUCAUUACAAGAAACAUAUCCAAUGCCAACAUUUAUCACCAGGUGGUUAGAGAUUAUGACCCUGAUGCAAGGAUAGUGUAGAAAGAGCUGAAAUAAGCUAGGAGUUUAAAAAUGGCCGUGAAAAUGCUCUUUUUGUAAGGAAUUGUGUUUUAGUGGGUACCCAAUAUGGAUGUUUCUUGUAAUCAAAUAAGUAUUACUAACCUUACCUCGGACGCGGCGGAAGAUUUGAUUGUUUAACACGUUCACUGCGGGCGUAUCGGAUACAGGCCGAGCGCUGUUCAGACGCUGCUGUAACCGAUCGGAUACGCUCGGCAAUGCCUUUCGUAUAUCAUCGUUUUUGCUCUAGCGUCGGUCGAAGGCAGACCAAUUCCACGUUAGCGUGUAGUGGGUGACUUGCUUUUUGUUGUGUUGUAGGUUGGUAGUAAAAUUUCCCCAUAAAAUCCCUGUCUGGCAAACUUAAAAAUCAACUUGUUGUCCCGUCUUUCUCCCUCCAAUUGGCAAUACGAUGAGACCGGCUACGUUCCAAGCAGUGCUGCUAUAUGUGAGUGUUUAGCGAACUACGUCGAUUCUGGUUAUAAAACAGGACAUCACCGCACGUUAUUUGCUAUUCGUCAUACCAUAAUAUGAGAGCCAAACACCCGGCAAUCGGGUUUGUUCGACGCUGCGGGCUGCGCCGCGCUGAGGCUACGCCUGUCAUUUGAUGGCCCGCAGUGAACGUGUUAAGCAAUUUUAAAAACUUAAAGCAAAGCGUACCUGACAGCUUCUGUAGUUCUGUUCACAAAUGAUGCCAGUAAAUGGUGAUGUGCCUCGUUGCGGUGUACAACCGAAGUACGGAUUCAUUUGCGAAACUGGUUCUUACUUAAAAAACCGCCCUCGCUAAUAGAUGGUUGAGUCUGUGUAAAUAGUGUGGUUUUCUAUAUAAACACAAAAUGCAUUUAAAUAAAUAGAAACAGUAUUACAAGGGAACAGCCUUGGCUAAAAAGUUUUUAAAAAUUAUUUUGAGUGUCAUCAAUGUAACAUAACAUUUAAAAUUAGAAAAAAACUGUUAAAGUGUUCCAUGUUUGAAUAAUUUCUUUGAAUGCUGAAUUUAAAUUGUACAACAAUUAAAAUUUUUCAACUUUUAUUGAGGUGUCAACAUAAUUGAACCACCAAAUAGUCAAAAGUUUCCAAUUAUUAAUCUUUCAUAAAACAUUAUGCUUCUCUCAGAGAUCUAAAAGUGUAUCUUUACCAUAUACAACUUUUUCCUACUGAUUGGAAUUGCGUUAACAUAUAAUACUUUGAUAAAAUUGACUAAAUUGUUCUCAUUUUAUGUUUUAUUUAUAAAUUCAUAAUAACAAAAUUCAAUAACAACCUCUUUUAUAUUUUGUAUAUUUUUCUCCUGUCCCUUGUGUAUGCUAUUCAGUAGCUACUUGUAGUGUUUUACUUCUUUUAUAUUACCCCCAUAGAUCAAAUAUUGUUCAAAUAUAUUACAUAAAUAUAAAUAAUAUUCUAGCUUAGAGAAACAGCUAUUUUUUAACCUCGGUGUGUACCUAACUAGGCUAUCUGCGAACUGAGAUUUUACUGUAGUCAGCAUUGUUUUAUUAUAUUUGCUAUCAUUAUUUUUUUAAGAAAUUUAUUUACUCAGACAUUUUAAUCUAAGAAAAUAAUAAGUUACCGACUCAUUUCACAUCUCAUAUCCUAAUAUCAACCAUGAAUUCUCCAAAAAAUAUACAGAAACAGACACAUUUUAAAUUAAUUAAUUUUGUACAAAAAUUGAUGGAUAGAAGAAUGAAUACGGUUGUUUAAAUGAUACGAUAGGUAACUUUUUAAUAUCCAAUUCUGUAUCCGUCUAAAAAAAUUCAAAUUCAACCUCUGUCAGAAUUUUGCUUCUUGAGAAUUCUAUCCUACUUCAUCAAUGACAAUAAAAGAUUUAUGUAGAACAAGGAGCAAAAUCAUGUCAAAGUUGUUGUGAUGGUUGGUUCUGGGCACUGUUUAGUCUCGGUUUACGGGUAGAAUGUAUCAAGUUAUAAACUUUAUAAUUAAAUUAUUGUUGUUGUUUUGAAAUAUAUACUUAUGUUCAAUUUUCAUAGAGACUCUGUUGGCGUUUUCAUUGUUGAUGAUGACAAUUUAUAGUUUUAAUGAAAAUAGCGCUGUAAUUCCACUUCUUGUAGUUUUGCUACUCCACAUCUACUGGUAUAUACAUAUAUUAUUUACUUAUUUUUAGUCAUUCCUUAUAGGUUAGGUUUUAUUUCUUAAUUGUCUUUUUUUACAAUCCCCUUGUUGUAAAAAGCUUUAAUUUCAUAGUUUAGGUUUGGUGUAGUUGUACCUAACAUACAUGAAGGGAAAUGAUACUUUUGAAUCAGACUGUAAUAUUUCUAUUUCCCUCUACAGUACUUUGAAUUUAAAAAUAGUUUUAAGCUUUUAAAUUUUAAUUUUAAUGAAUUUAAUUUAAUUUAAUUUAAUUUAUGUUUUAGACCUCAG